ACCCCCACAAUGUGGUCCCCCCGCGCCCUCUUCCGCUUCAGCAUCCUCGCCCGCCUCAACAAGCCCAAAUUCAAAGAAAUCCAGUGGACCGACGACGGCGAAGUCCGCCCCGUGACACGUGGAAAAGCAAAGCAAUUCGGUCUGCCCGAGGCCCGGUCGCCGCGGACGGUUGUGUUCAACGACGGGGCGCCGUAUCGGAUGUUGUCUAAUGCCUCGUGUGCAUCGCACGCGCCGUUGACGGUGUCUGCUUCGGAGGGGAUUGUGUUGGAGAAUGUGGCUAGGGCGAGGACGAGGCGGUAUCAGUCUUUUUUGAAGGUGUAG